GUUAACAUGCUGGGGGGAUGGAAUCGCUUCUCCUUUUCCUAAUUUUGGGACAUCCCUCUCCCAGCUUCCAGGACUAUGGAUCCAAAAGUUUCAAAUGUAUACCUAAAAAGAAGAUUCCCUUCUAAGAUUCUUUAGCUUUAUUUCUUGCCCUUAAUAUAAAUCGAUUCCAGCAGAUUUACAAUCCAGAACUAAAGACUGCUCCAAUUGCUGCCUGCACGUCCCUAGCCUCAAGGGGUCUUGAGUGAACUGCCAUGCCGAGAAAUGCAACAGGCAUCUACAGAGGCCUUCUGGUACCUCUCCACUACAUCUGCCUGCACGUUGCCGUGGUCCCAUCAUGAUGGUAAUGGACUGAGCCUCUGAAACUUUCAUAUCUCAAGCCUACAAUGGACCCAUCGAGAGUCUGUAGUGAUGAAAAGACCUUGAGGACCCCAAGGCACAAGCGUGCGUCAACCCCAUCUCUUCCCCCAGAUACCUAUCAGUGCCAACACUGGCAUCCAUUGGCUUUGAAACUCGGCUGUGCUGGGCUGAUCCUUCUUUUCUUGGGCCUGAUUGGACUCAGUGUCUUAGUGCGAUUCUUAGUGCAAAAAUCACCAAUAGAAAAACACAGUGUGACUGCUCAAGGGAACAGGACUGAACAAACAGGGAGAUCAGUCAUACUAAUGUGUCCGAGAGAUUGGCAUCCAUACCGGGAUAAAUGCUUACAUCUUUCUCAAACUUCUGGACCUUGGUCUGAAGGCCUAACUUAUUGCUCUGUGAAAGAAGCCACUUUGCUGCUCAUUGAAAAUGAAGAAGAAUUGAGAUUCAUUCAUGAUUUUUCAAGGAGAAAAAGACAGCAGUUUUUUAUUGGACUAAAUUAUGUACCACUGGAGAAAACCUGGAAGUGGAUAAAUGGCUCCAUAUUAAAUCCUGAUUUAUUAAGAAUCAUGGGCACUGAAGAAGAAAACAGCUGUGCAGUCAUCUCACAGACAGAAGUGGUUUCUGACUUCUGUUCUUCAGACAACCGCUGGAUCUGCCAAAAGAAACUGAACCAUGACUGCAAUCCUUGUCCUGACUCCUGAUUGUGAAUGGCAUCUCUAUUCCUUUGCCUUCCACACGGGAUUGCUGCACUGAACUGUCAAGGCUGCCGUUCCUUGGCCCUCCCAGGGCAGUCAGUGACACAAAGCAUGGACUCCAAAACCACUGUGACUCCUACAGAUGCUAAAUCCCAUGUUUUUAUUCUCUAACCAAUGUUUUUAUUGUAUAAAUGUAAGUGUACAUGGAUGCAGAUGUGCCAUUAUGAGAGAGGUAUUCUGUAGAAGGAGGUCCAGGACAGCAGAGGGCGCUGGAGGCCUUGUGUGGCCCUUGCUGAUCUCUGUCCGUGAGGUCAUCUUGCAAACAGCUGCAGAAAACCUCAAAAUCCCGACUCUACACUCCAUUCCAAGCUAUCUUACAUCCUUGAUUAAAUGUUUGACUUUGACACCAGAGGCACAUAGUUAAGGAUCUAGGGAAGGGAAGGGUUUGGUUUGAUUGACACCUCCAAAUUAAUCAAGUCAAUAAUUAGCUAAUGUUGUGAUAAUGAGAGUGACUCUAGGUAAAAUGAGCUCUGUCCAUGUGAUGUCUCCCACGCUGUGGUAUUAUUGUACCAGUAGACUCUGGGCAGAUGCUGAUGCAUUGACCCUGAACUUGUCAGUCUCCAGAGCUGUGCGACAAGAGGGUCUCUUCCCCUCCAAUUUCUUGUUAUGACAACAAAAAAUGGACUAAUACAGGGACUU